ACAGCAAAUUUUGUUUAGAUCUGGCAGGGUUUUUUGUUUGCUGUUUGGCUAAUAUGUAACUGAAGGAAAUGACUAAAUGCCUCCGAUUUCAGAACAAUUGUUUUUCAGUUAUUUUAGCAUCGUUACUAAGACCAGCACUAUGUCAACUUUCUUCCUUCUCAUAGGGGCACUUUUCAUUUUAGGAACAAACAGCUUUUACACCGAAGAGAAAUCAAGGGUGAGAAGAGAACCGAAUGCACCUACUCCCAUCGAUUGCUUGCUGAGCGCCUGGAGUGAAUGGGGACCCUGUAACCCAUGUGCAAGAGAAAGGUAUCGCUCACGAAGCGUCCUGCGUUAUGGACAGUUUGGAGGAAGAAUGUGCCAUGAAUCUCUGGGGCACAGAGAAAGCUGCGUGCCAGAUACCCCUUGCCUUGAAGAGCAACCAGACUGUGGCAAAGAUUUCCAGUGUGACAGUGGACAAUGCAUAAAGUCACGGUUGGUGUGUAACACGGAAGAUGACUGUGGCGAUCUCUCCGACGAAGCUGAGUGUGAAAAUGAGCGCCCUCCCCCCUGCCGUGAUCGGAUCAUUGAUGUAUCAGAGCUCGGAAGAAUUGCUGGACGUGGUAUCAACAUUCUAGGAAUGCAACCGAGGGCAAAUGCAUUUCACAAUGAGUUUUUCAAUGGAAUGUGUGACAGAGUCCGUGAUGGGAAUACCGGCAUAUAUUAUCGCAAGCCGUGGAAUGUGGCUGUGCUCAAUUACGAGGUAAGUCUGUCUGUUCCUCAGGGGGGGUUUCUUUCUGAAGUGCACUCAGCUACCGUUGUUGUCGUUGUUACAUGCUGUCAAAUUGGAAUCAACAUAGUGGGGAAACAACCCACUCUUCUGUUUUGCCCACGGGCAAAAUGGUGGAACGCGGACUUCUUUCCUUCCUUGCAGAAAAAAACGUUUUUGCACGUAAAAUCAAGCAUCCAGCUGGGAUCUUUCAUAAUGCGGACACGUGACGUCCGCCUGAAUGACGUGUUCCUUGAAGAUUUAAAGUAUCUGCCCACCGAAUAUGAAAAGGGAGAAUAUUUCAAAUUUCUGGAAACAUAUGGAACACAUUAUGCACGGAGGGGGGUUUACGGAGGAAUAUAUGAACUACUCUACAUUUUGGACGAUGAAACAAUGUCAAAGGAAGGAAUCACCAAAACAGAUGUAAAGAAUUGUCUGGGUUUCACGGCAGGUGUUGCUGCGUCCGCUAGUGGCAUGGACGUCAAUGCUAACAUUAAAGAUAAUAAGUGUAAAACGGAGCAAAUGAAAAACGUUGACAAUUCAAGUGGAAACACAGUUGUCAACGGUGUGCUCUCACAAGUUAAAGGCGGGAAGACAGAUGUUUUAGUGAGGCUGAAGGAAAUGCUGUCAACUGGCCAAAAGGUUAUUGAUGUUGAGAACUACGUCCAGUGGGCUGCUACGCUUCCAGAUGCUCCCGCGGUGAUAUCACAAGAAGCAAGCCCAAUUUCAACGCUUGUCCCGUCGAAGAUGCCCGACGCCGAGAUAAAGAAACGGAACCUCGACAGAGCAGUGGAAGACUAUGUUGCGGAAUACAGUGUGUGCAAAUGCCAGCCCUGUCAAAAUGGUGGGACUGUCAUGCUGCUGAAUGGAAAGUGUGAAUGCGGAUGCACGGCUUAUUUCAAAGGAGACGCCUGCGAGAUCCCAGCAGAAACUCUUGCCUCAGCUCCGGUUAUCAAUACAGCUACUGAUGGGAGUUGGAGCUGCUGGUCUAGCUGGUCUGCAUGUCAACAGGGAAAACGCACUCGAACAAGACUGUGUAAUAAUCCUGCACCUGGAAAUGGAGGCAAGCCAUGCGCAGGAGCAAACUCGGAACCAGGCUAUUGCUCUGACAGAGAGAGAUAAACGUUGAAGGCCCCAGCCAGGUGUCUGAUGGGAACGUAACCCAGCCUGAACGACUCUCAGAUCUACUCAUCACACUUCCUGCUGUGAAAGAGAUCAAAAGAUAUGCCAGACGAUCUCUGAAUCUCAGAAUCAUGAGUUGCUAUUAAUUUUUCAAAAAGCACAGAUGAAAAUAAACUUCUCUUGGUGACUUGCUGGGCAGGA